AUGGCCGGGACUCCUCGAGGGACCGCGCCCAGGGCUGGGCACCGGCAGCAGCACCUGCCAGGUGCUGUGGUGCACAGGACCCACACCGCCACUCCUCAGAGGUGGACCCUUGACCCUGCCGGGGACUGGCACUACUGGUGGAUCAGCCUCAUGGUGCUGCCCAUCCUCUACAACUGGGUCGUCCUCAUCCUCAGGUGCUGCUUCCCUGAGGUGCAGGAGGCACAUGCGGGGCUGUGGCGGGGCCUGGACGGGCUCAGUGAUGCACUGUACCUGCUGGACAUCGCUGUGCGCCUCCACACAGGUUUUCUGGAGGAUGGCAUCCUGGUGCAGGACAUCAGCCGGAUGCGGCGGCGCUACCUGUGCUCCUGGGCCUUCCUCUGGGAUGUGGCAUCUGUGCUGCCCACUGAGCUGCUCUGCUUGCUCCCGGGGGUCCCAGGGGUCCUGGGGGUGCCGGUGGCACGUGCCAACCGCUGCCUGCGGGCACCACGGCUCUUCGAGGCCUUCGACCGGUGCGAGACACACACGGGGCGGCCCAACGCCUUCCGCGUGGCCAAGCUGAUGCUGUACCUUGUGCUGGGGAUCCACUGGCACGGCUGCCUCUACUUUGCGCUGUCGGUGCGGCUGGGGCUGGGCACCGACCCCUGGGUGUGCCCCGCCUUUGCGCGCCCGCUGCGCCAAUACCUGCACAGCUUCUACUUCUCCACGCUGGUCCUGGCCAUGGUGGGUGACACACCGGAGCCACAGCACGAGGAGGAGUUCCUCUUCACCAUGGCCGGCUUCCUGCUGGCCGUGCUGGGCUUCGCCACCAUCACCGGCAGCAUCAGCGCCGUCAUCGCCAACCUCAGCGCAGCCGACGCUGCCUUCUACCCCGACGCGGGGCCGGUGCGGCGGUACCUGCGGGUGCAUGGCGCGGGCGGGAGGCUGGUGGGGCGCGUGGCACGCUGGCACCAACACCUGCGCAUGCAGCGCAAGCUGCCAGCGGAGCAGGCGGUGCUGCAGCACCUGCCGCGGGGGCUGCGGGCCGAGGUGGCAGCCAGCGUGCACCUGCCGGCCCUGCGGCGCGUGGGGCUGUUCCGCGGCUGGGGGCACGAGGUGCUGCGCCAGCUGGUGCUGCGCCUGCGUCCGCAGGUCUUCGGCCCCGGCGAGUUCGUGUGCCGGCGCGGUGACGUGGGCCGCGAGAUGUACUUCGUCCGCGAGGGCCGGUUGGCCGUGGUGGCCGAGGACGGCAUCACACAGCUGGCUGUGCUGGGCGAGGGGCUCUACUUCGGGGAAAUCAGCCUCAUCAACAUCAAGGGGAACACGGCGGGGAACAGGCGCACGGCCAACAUCCUGAGCAUCGGCUACUCCGACCUGUUCUGCCUGGGCAAGGAGGACCUGGUCGAGGUGCUGGCCGAGUUCCCCCGUGCCCACGCUGCCAUGGAAGCCAAGGGCCGGGAGCUGCUGCUGGGCAUGGGCCGGCUGGACACGGGUGCCGAGGCAGCGGCGGUGGCAGCCGAGGCCGAGGCUGAGCGGCAGCUGCAGGGGCUGGAGGUGGCCCUGGAGGGGCUGCAGACACAGGCGGCCCGGCUGCUGGCACAGCUGGAGGCCAGCGCCCUGCGCAUGGCCCUGCGCAUUCAGCGCCUCGAGGGGCGGCUGCACCUGAGGCAGCUGCGGGACAAGGCAGCGGGGACGGCUGGGGCAGCAGGAACGGCCACACCACAGCAGCCAACCAGGACACAGGGUCCUGUUGGAGGACAGAGUCCUCCCAGGGCACAGGGUCCAACUGAGGUGCAGUGUCCCCUCAGGGCCCGUGGUCCUGUUGGGGACUGGGAUCCCUCCAAGAUGCAGGGUGCCCCCAAGGUACAGGGUCCUGGUCAGGGACCAAGUCCUGCUGGAGGAUGGGGUCCCACCGGGGUGCAGGGUCCCUCCAAGGCCCAGAGUCCUCUCAGGGAUCAAGGGCUCCGCCUGCAGCCCGGUACCCCCCGAGCCCCGCUUCCCGGACCCUCCGCGCCCCCUGCCGUCCCCCGGGUUCCCCCCGUUCCCGACUCCCCGCGCUCCCUCGCACCCCCGGGCUCCCCGCGCCGCCACCGCCCCCGCCCCCGGCCCCGGCCCGCCCCGUGCCGGGCACCGCCCCCGCUCAUCCACCGGCGGCUCCGAGAGGAGCGGAGCGAAGCCUCGUCCCUCCCGGAGCCUGCCGGUGCCUGA